AUUCAGAAUUUAGCUAAAAGUAGAGAAACACAACGUAAAUGGACGAUCUGGGAACCAUUGGCGACGAUAUAGCCAAAGAAGUUAUCAAACAAUUUGAAACCAAUGAUUUGAAAGGGAAACCAGUGAUCAGGUCAAAUGGUGUCAAAGAGUGGACAGUUUUGGCAGGAGUAGUUGCCCUUAAGAAUGGCAAAGUCAUCAACACAAUUUCAAUCGCUACAGGUGUCAAAGCUCUCCCCGACGCUACAAUCAAAUCACAUUCAAAUGGAUUAUUACUGCACGAUUGUCACGCAGAAAUCUUAGCAUUUCGAGCUUUUAAUUGGUUUGUUAUUCAAGAAUGCCUCAAGGUUUCGAAUUUAGAUAGGAGUGACUAUUUUGAGUUUAAUGAUGGUCACUUCAAUUUGAAGGAUGGUAUUGAAUUUGGGAUGUAUGUUUCAGAACCACCAUGUGGAGAUGCUAGCUUGGAGCUUUUAAUUGAUGAAAAUGAUGAAGAAUGGAGGACCCAUACUGAACUUGCCGGUGGUGUAUUGAGAGGUCGUGAAAACUAUACCUUAAAGGGACGUGUAAGGACAAAACCUGGAAGGAGGGAUUCACCAAUGACCUUAUCCAAAAGUUGUUCAGAUAAGCUGGCUGUAAAGCAAUUCACAUCAAUCUUGAAUGGUGUUACCAGCUCAUUUGUUCACCCAAAGGGAUGCUAUUUGAAAUAUUUGGUGAUUCCAGAAGAUAAAGUUGAUAUGCCUGCGAUGGAAAGAUGUUUUCAUGAUCGUUUCAAUCCACAUCCAAUUAACCAUAUGUACACACUCAAUAGGCUAAAGAUAUUAACCACUAAGGAAACGCAUUCAUUUGCGAAAGAACAGUCAAACCAACCUCCUUCAAACACAAGUUUAAUAUAUGUGCCUAAAUAUAACUUCAAUGAAUCAAUUGUCAAUUCUGUCAAGGAAGGGUACUAUACCAAAAGAAAAUCUGUUAGAAAAAAUGGAGAAAGUGAACUAUCCAGGUACAAAUUAUUUCAAGAAUCGCAAUCAUUAAGUGGUGGCUUCAAAGCUCGUUCAUAUUUUGAAUGGAAAUUGACAAAUAAAGAGUAUAGGAAAGCAAAAGAGAUUGCUAAAGAAGCAAUUGGUGCAUGGUGCUGUACAGCUACUGAUGACUUUGAUAUCCUAAAAAACGAUGCAUGAUAUUUAGAAUAAAAUAAAAAGACCUUCUAACACUCUAAUAAAACGAAUCAACGCAACAUAUUUCAUUCAUCACUAUCGGAAGCAGAUGCUUCGCCUGCAUCACUUGGUUCCUCAUCAACAUCUUUCAAUGUUAGUGCUUCUUCCAUAUCCCGCAUAAGAUAGUACUCACUGUUCUUUGAUUCUUCUUCUUCUAGUGUAGCUGCAAAUUCGGCAGAUUGUAGUAGUUCUUUCAACGAAGGGUUCUCAGCAUGUAUCAAUUGUACCGGUUUGAAACCUCCUUUGUUUUUUAUUCU